GCCUCGAGAUAUUAGCUUGGAUUGUAUUGACUGAUAUUGAUAGAGAUGAAAUUCCUACUGCUGAUUGCCCUGUUUGUGGUUGCUGCCUCGGCGACGGACAGCAAUGACCCGAUUUCCCAGGAAUCCAAUGUGGAGUAUAAUGGCAAAUACCAUUACCAUUACGAGCUCAAGGACGGUUCGAAGGCCACUCAGGAUGGCGUGUUGAAGACGGUGAAUGCCGAUCACAAUGGCGAGUCAGUGCAUGGCAAGUACUCCUUCGUGGGCGACGAUGGCCAGACAUAUGUGGUGUCCUACGUGGCGGACGAGAACGGAUUCCAGCCGGUGGGCGAGCACCUGCCCACGCCACCACCCACUCCCGAGUCCGUUCUGAAGGCCCUGGAGUACAUCCGGCUGCAUCCCUACCAGACGCCCGAGAAGAAGCACUAAGCAUGCCACUAGAACUGAGCCAAAAUGUGAUUGGAACCAAAAAGAACUGAGACAAUUAAAACAGAUAUUUAAAAA